AUGGCUGGCUGUGGAAUUCUGUCGGGCCUCUGGGCUCGCCGCAGACAACCGGAGCGGCCGCCGGUGAGGCGGCACUAUCACAAAGCCUCCAGCGGGACCGUGACGUCGUCGUCCGAAGACGAGGAGAGCGAGCAGCGCAGCUCGUCGUCGAUCCGGAAGAAGAUCGCCGAUGUCAGCGAGAGGGAGUUUGCGACCACGUAUCAGAGAUUUUCCAACAGUGACAAGUAUGUGGAUCCGGGUCUACUCAAGAAACACUCGUCCUACGUCUCCUACACGACUUCGGUGGCCACCUAUCCUUCCGUCAGAACGUUCUUCCGCCAGCACCCCCAGAUGGAUAAAUUCCCGUCCAAGCCCAGCCCGCUUCCUCUGCUGGUUUUUGUACACGGCUUGGGCGGAUCUCUGGCGCAGUUCCACCCGCUUCUCACCAGUCUGUCCAAUGUCGGGCCGUGUCUUGGAAUCGACCUCCCCGGCUGCGGCCUGUCGUCCUUCUCCCCGAAGUCCUGGGAUGCGUACACGAUCGAGGCGCUGGCAGAGCUGCUUGCUGUGGUAAUUGAAAGGCAUCGCGACAGGGCUGCUGGACAAGGUGUCGUGUUGAUUGCGCACAGCCUGGGCUGCUCUUUGUCUGCCUUGCUGGCGUCUUCCACUUCGCCCGUGAAAACUGAGCUACAGCAACAUAUCUUGGGUCUCAUUGCUGUCUGUCCCAAAGCGGCGCCCCCUUCUCCACGGGAAGUGGCUCUGUUCCGUCGACUGCUCUGGAUCCCCAACCCCAUUUUCAAUCUAUGGCGACUCUGGGACCGGCGCGGUGGUCUCAAGAGCAAGAGUGUCUCUCGGUUCGUCGGAAACGACGCCGAUCCUGAUACGCGACAGCUCCAAGUGCGGUUCAAUGCGCAAAGCCGAUCGGCCGUGUGGAGACGGAUGGCCUGGGGCAGUCUGCCGGAAUACAAGGACGACAAGCCGGUUGGGGGCAUGCCGGGCCAGGAGGUCUGGAUGGGUCUGCAAACGCCCGUUUUGCUCGUGGCCGGUGAGGCCGACGCAAUCACCAAGCCGGCGGAGAUUGAGAAGCUCCUCAAGUAUUUCGGAAGCACCCACGGCGAAACAAGAAUGGAUACCGAUACCGGAAGCUCUGUCGUGCCCAACGCGUCCCGGGUUCACAAUCAGAUUCCGGCGCCUUACGACCCACGCGCGCAUGAGGCAGAGUUCGGAGUCGAGGCCGCAGAUGGGGAGGCUGUCUUACCGCGGGACAGCGACGAGUCCGACGAGAAGCAGACGAACAAUACGGGCUCCGUCAAUCCGAGGCGGGUCGUGAAGACGACGAUCCUCCCUGCGCCCGCUUCUCAUGCGCUUCUUUAUGACCGUGCGACCUACCGGACAUUGGCAGGCCUCAUCCAAGACUUUCUCUUCAAGCACGUGGAUCAUCGACUCAAUCUGGGCUGGCAGCUGCAACAUCUGAACACCUCUGGCAAGUGGGAUGUCAAGAAUCUCGCCAAAUGGAAGAAGGUGGCGCCCACGUCGGAGCCGAUCGCGGACACUUUCGUGGCGCUGAAGAUGCUGCGGGAGGUGGAUGAGGAGCAUAACCCGGUUCUCUUCUCGCAGAGAUGGAAGGACAAGAUCUACGCGGUGGUGGACAUCAGCCACGAGAACCCCGUGUACGAUCCCAACCAGCUGGAGAAAGGCGGGAUCCACUACCACAAGCACCCGACGGUAUCGAAGAUCCCGCCGACGCCGGACGAGACGCGGGACUUCAUCGGCCUGGUCGAUCGGCUGGAGAGGGAGAUUACGGACAAGAUGGAGAAGGAGAAGCAGCAAGGCGAGGGCGAGGGCGAGGGGGAGUGUACGCGCCCGCUGGUCGGGGUACACUGCCACUACGGAUUCAACCGGACGGGCUUCCUGAUCGUCAGCUACCUGAUCGAGAGGAAAGGGUUCAGCGUGCAGGGGGCCAUCGACGAGUUUGAGAAGUGCCGCCCGCCGGGGAUCCGACACGAGCACUUUAUUGAUACGCUGUUUGUGCGGUAUUGCGUUGGGCUCAAGCGGGCGCCAACGUUGUAG